AGGUAUUGUGUUGGUAUGUUGUUGUUUUUAUCGCAUGUUCCUUCUCAAAUUGCCAGCGUUUCUCAAACGAACCGACACCCACGUGUGCGCUCAGAGAUAUCACUACUCGUACCGAGCCGAAACACGCGAGCUGCACGUGUUUCGAGGAUUUAUUGACACCCAGGAGGAGAUAUGUAAAAGAACAUUUCUACUGUCCACGGUUACUAAUUGACAUCAACUGUUGAAUUCAGGACGCCAUUGCAAAUGAGAACUCAUUCUCAAUUGACUCACUUGGAUAAAUUGCUCUUUCGCCCACCGUACAAUAUACCAUGACAUGAGAUUUGAGAUUUGUGAAGUAUCUAUCUAUAAGGAUGAAUGACAUGAACCUGAGUCCUGUGGGCAUGGACCAGCUCAGUGUGCCCUCAGUGAGCGCCAGCCACCUGGGUCUGCCCACAUCCCCCACGCACAAUACCCUUCCCACUCCAGGUAUGCCAGUGGCCAUCCCGAGUUUGGGUCCUUCCCUCGGUUCCCUCCCUUCUGCUCUAUCCCUGAUGCUCCCAAUGGGUCCACUGAGUGACCGAGGAGUGAUGUGCGGCCUGCCAGAAAGGAAUUACUCCCUGCCGCCUCCUCCAUACCCACACCUGGAGAGCAGUUACUUCCGACACAUACUGCCAGGAAUUCUGUCCUAUCUGGCAGACCGUCCACCACCUCAGUACAUUCAUCCCAGCAGCCUUAACAUGGAUGGGACCCUGUCUGUGGCGAGCAACAAUCCCUCAGGCCUGGACCCCUACAGCGGCCCUGGUGGCCCACUGGAGCAGGGCCUGGUGCCCAUGGACUCCAGACAAGUCAGCGGGCAGGGAGACCUCCACCAGACUGGCGCUCAUGAGCUGGACUCUACGGGAUUGGCCAUGGAGUCACGCGUCAGCAGCCCCAUGUCCCCGGACCGGAUGGGAGAGGAACUAGCUACGAUGGAUGGAGUUGGGGUGGUGGCGGUGUCUGACACCCAGCAGCAGCUUGGCGGGGGAAGGCAGCCUCAGCCUCAUGAGGGCCUGACGGGUGUGGACUCCUCUGGUGGGGUGAUGCCCCUUCAUGGGCCCCCCGUGCUUGAACUGCCAGUGGUAAUGGAACCGGAUCAUAUGGGGGCACGAGUGGGCAACUCUGGGGGAGGAGGAGCAGGAGGUCUUGGGGACCAGCUACACUCGAAUGGGGAGAUGAACUCGGGCGUUGUGAGUGUGGUGCUCACUGGCUCCAUGGCUAGCCAGAGCCAGCUGGAGCCGGUCUCUCUCCAUGGACACUCUGGGAUGGGGCUGGAGGCCGUUAAUGUGUCCCCCAUCACCGCGGAGGUGUCUCUGGGACCAGAAAACAACCUAGUGCUCGUCAAUUCCAGCCUGCAGCUGGAGGACUCUACUUCCAACAAGGAGAACAUGGUCAACGGCUACACCAUCUGGUGCACACUGUGUGAGCGCUCGUAUACCUCUGACUGUCCAGAGCACGGCCCAGUCACUUUCAUCCCUGACGCGCCCAUCCAGAGCCGGGCUCGCCUCUCUCUGCCACGCCCUCUGUGUCUGCGCAUCUCAGUGGCUGACGAACCACUCGGAGUCUUUGCACGGGAUGUCAUUCCUCAAAGGACCUGCUUUGGACCAAUGGUGGGCCAGCACUGUGGCAAUGUAGACCUCUCCGAUUGGCCAGAGAAGGACACACCUCAAGUGUGGAAGAUGUAUCACAACAACGUGCUGGAGUUCUACACAGUGACAACGAAUGAAAACGAAUGCAACUGGAUGAUGUUUGUCCGCAAGGCAAGGACACAUGAAGAGCAGAAUCUGGUGGCGUACCUGGCCAAUGGUAAACUUUUCUUCUGUACAACCACAGAGAUCCACCCCGACCAAGAGCUACUCUUCUACUAUAGCAGAGACUACUGCAGGCUGAUGGGUAUUCCUCAAGUUCCCGAGGGCCAGAUCUGCCAGUGUGGCAAAGAGUGUUCCUCCUUCCCAGAACUCAAGUCUCACCUUAGCAGCCAUAAUAGCAACCACAGCCACAACCAGCCUCCACACAGCCACAGCCCUUCACAGCAGGACCACUCUCAGCAGCAGCAGCAGCAGCAACAGCAGCAGCAGCAACAGCAGCAACAACAACAACAACAACAAGAACAGCAACACACUCACCAGGACGAGAAGCUAACCAACGGAACCUCAAGCUCUUCCUCUUCCCCUUGGCCCUGUCACAACCACGCUCCGGGACAAACGAACGGUGACAACAACGGCAGCGGGGCCGGCAAUAAUCAAACCUCUAAUAAUGUUACCUCCAGAGCAAAAGGUCAGGGCCAUGUGCGGGAGAAGAAGUUCAAGUGCAGCAUGUGUUCCCGGGCUUUCAUUACAUCCACUAAGCUCAAUGUGCACUUCAUGGGACAUGUGGGGAUGAAACCUCACAAGUGCGAGUACUGCAGCAAGGCCUUCAGCGACCCCAGCAACCUCAGGAUGCACCUUAAGAUUCACACAGGUCAGAAGAACUAUAGAUGCACGGUUUGCGAGAAGUCUUUCACUCAGAAAUCCCACGUGGCAUCCCAUAUGCUCAUCCACACCGGAGCGGAGAAGCUCAAAUGUGACCUCUGCGACCGCUCGUUCAUCAGGAAGCACGACCUGACGCAGCACAUGCUCUCCCACACGCAUGAACGGAGGAUCCAGUGCCCGAAGUGCAACAAACACUUCCUCAAGACCAACCACUUAAAGAAGCACAUGAACUCGCACGAGGGCCGAAGAGAUUUCGUCUGCGAGAAGUGCCACAAAGCUUUCCUCACAAAAUACCACCUCACCCGUCACCUCAAGAUAUGCAAAGGGCCCAAGACGGAACGGUCGUCCCGUAAGGAGCAGGAUGUUGAGGAGGAAGAGGAGGAAGAGGAGGAGGAAGAGGAGGAGGAGGACGGCAGAAGAGGAGGAGAGAGACUUGUUGACAGUAAUGAUGACUGUGGUUUAGACGUUGGAGGUUAUAACUCUGAAAAAUCCCUGUCGCCCGCUCAUUGACGACACUGUGCCUCUUCAUAUGUUUUAUUUAUUUACUUUACUAAAAUACUGACGUUUACCUCUAUUUUUUUUGCCAAAUUCUAUUUAGUCUUUCAAAAGAUAAUACCUUUUAUGAUAUAUACAAUUUAUCUGACACAUUAUUAAUUCAAAUGUUUAAAGUCUAAGCAUGUCAUUGCUGCUAAAAUAAUCUUUCAUGUUAGAAGCCAACUUCUAGAGAUUUGACUGUAUUUCUUUAUUUUCUGUAAAGCUUCUCUGUUUUCAUUAACUCAGGCCUGUGUUUGUUGUGACUUGUAGGGGUUCAUAUAAGCUAUCAUUUAUCAUUUAUAUUCAUUUCUCAACUCACUCAUUAACGUGGCUGUCAUACAGUGAUAUUUGCAGGAUGGAGUCCAUGAAGUCCUGAACAUAUAUAAAUAUCACAGCCUGUGCUUUCACUCUUUAUUUAUUAAAAGGAUUUUGUAUUCUUUUUUAAAUCAAAUUUUCAGUGUGAAUGGAACCCUUUGAAAUAAUAUGAAGUAUCUCCACCCUCUCUGUUGCAUAUGUUAAUAAAGAACCAUUUACAGA